ACGCCCCUCCCCCGCGCAGCGCUCAGUGCCAGGCGGGAGGCGACAGCGGUUGGAGGCUUCGUCGGGAUUUGCAGCGGGGACUUUGGCGGCGGCGCCUGAGGCACCUCGGCCCUGACACGAUGAGGCGAGUGGUACGACAGAGCAAGUUUCGGCAUGUAUUUGGACAAGCGGUGAAAAAUGACCAGUGUUAUGAUGACAUCCGGGUUUCUCGAGUGACCUGGGAUAGUUCCUUUUGUGCUGUCAAUCCCAGAUUUGUUGCCAUAAUCAUAGAAGCGAGUGGGGGAGGCGCGUUCCUUGUGCUCCCUUUGCACAAGACUGGUCGAAUUGACAAAUCCUACCCUACAGUGUGUGGCCACACAGGACCAGUGCUUGACAUAGAUUGGUGCCCACAUAACGAUCAGGUCAUUGCCAGCGGGUCAGAGGACUGCACGGUUAUGGUGUGGCAGAUUCCAGAAAAUGGACUCACUCUUUCCCUGACCGAACCUGUGGUGAUUUUAGAAGGCCACUCAAAGAGAGUGGGCAUAGUCGCCUGGCACCCGACAGCCCGCAACGUGCUUCUCAGCGCAGGCUGUGAUAAUGCCAUCAUCAUCUGGAACGUGGGGACCGGGGAAGCCUUGAUAAACCUGGAUGAUAUGCACUCGGACAUGAUUUACAACGUAAGCUGGAACCGAAAUGGCAGCCUGAUCUGCACGGCCUCCAAAGACAAGAAAGUGAGAGUGAUCGAUCCUAGGAAACAAGAGAUUGUUGCUGAAAAGGAGAAAGCGCAUGAGGGAGCACGGCCCAUGAGAGCCAUCUUUCUGGCUGACGGCAACGUCUUCACCACUGGUUUCAGCCGCAUGAGCGAGCGGCAGCUGGCUCUCUGGACUCCGAAAAACAUGCAGGAACCAAUUGCUCUUCAUGAAAUGGACACUAGCAAUGGGGUGUUGCUGCCUUUCUAUGACCCUGACACCAGUAUCAUUUACUUAUGUGGAAAGGGUGACAGCAGUAUCCGCUAUUUUGAGAUCACGGAUGAAUCCCCAUAUGUCCACUACCUCAACACGUUCAGCAGCAAGGAGCCUCAGAGAGGGAUGGGUUACAUGCCCAAGAGGGGGCUCGAUGUUAACAAAUGUGAGAUUGCCAGAUUCUUCAAACUUCACGAGAGAAAGUGUGAGCCUAUUAUCAUGACUGUUCCCAGGAAGUCGGACCUUUUCCAAGAUGACCUAUAUCCGGACACUGCAGGGCCCGAAGCAGCGCUGGAGGCAGAGGAGUGGUUUGAGGGGAAGAACGCAGAUCCAAUCCUUAUCUCCUUGAAGCACGGAUACAUUCCAGGCAAAAACAGGGACCUCAAGGUGGUCAAGAAGAACAUUCUAGAUAGCAAGCCCACUGCAAACAAGAAGUGUGACCUGAUCAAUGUCCCUAAGAAAACUGCAGACACGACCAGCGUGCAAAAUGAAGCCAAGUUGGAUGAGAUUUUAAAAGAGAUCAAAUCUAUAAAAGACACAAUCUGCAAUCAAGAUGAGCGUAUUUCCAAGUUAGAAGAGCAGAUGGCGAAGAUAGCCGCCUGAAGGUCCACCCCCACCCCUCAAAAUGGGAGCAAGAACUCGUGCUUGGUAGCUGGUUGUUGGUGUGGUCCCAGGGAGGGCAAGAGGGAGGCACUGCCAUUUGGAGACAUUCAUUUCCGAUUUGUCAACCAGCGAUAGGCCACAUUCCAGUAAGAACUCAAUUCGUCUCCCAAAUUUGCAGAAACAAAAUGUGAUUUAAAAGCUGGGCUUUUUAUCAGAAAGCUUUUUUGAUGUUUUAAGUGUUUAUGUGACUUGUUGAACUUUUAAAAGACAAAGUGCUACUUUUAAAAUCCAAGAUACUCUGAAUUUUAGAAACCCAACCAAUUCUGAUUCAGUGUCGUGCCCAAGUACCUUUUUUU